GUGUGCUGUGCAUGGCUGCAGAACUGACCAACGUGGGGAAUGCAAGCGGUGUGAAGGAGUUCAUUCUCAUCGGCCUCUCUGACGGUCAAGGCGUGCAGGAGGUGUACUUUGUGAUGUUUCUUUGCUUCUAUACAAUUAAUGUGGCGGGAAAUCUGCUCAUUAUUGUCACCGUGAUUAGCAGCCAGCAUCUGAACUCCCCCAUGUACUUCUUCCUUUGCUACCUGUCCUUUGUUGACAUCUGUUACUCCUCCGUCACAGCUCCCAAAAUGAUUGCUGACUUCCUUGUGGAAAACAAAACCAUCUCCUUUGUGGGCUGCAUAGCACAGCUCUUCGGGGUCCAUUUCUUUGGCUGCACGGAGAUCUUCAUCCUCACAGUGAUGGCCUACGAUCGCUACAUGGCCAUCUGCAGACCUCUCCACUACUCCACGCUGAUGACCAGGCGCGCGUGCGGCCGCAUGGUGCUGUGCUCAUGGCUGGGAGGCUGUGUGCAUUCCGCCGUGCAGACUUUCCUGACUGCUCAGCUCCCCUUCUGUGGCCCCAACAAAGUUGACCACUACUUCUGUGAUGUCCACCCCCUGCUACGGCUGGCCUGCACCGACACCUACGUGGUCGGCGUCACCGUCAUCGCCAACAGCGGGAUGAUAGCUCUGAGCUCUUUCUUCAUCCUGGUUGUGUCUUACGUAGUGAUCUUGGUCUCCUUGAGAAGUCAGACAUCCGAAGGACGGCGCAAGGCCCUCUCCACCUGUGGGUCCCACAUCACCGUGGUGGUUCUGUUCUUCGGGCCAUGCACGUUCACCUACAUACGCCCAUCCAGUGACCUCUCGGAGGACAAGAUCGUGGCACUGUUUUACACCAUCAUCACCCCCAUGCUGAACCCCCUCAUCUACACACUGAGGAAUAAAGAAGUAAAGAGUGCCAUGAGAAAAUUGUGGGGUAGAAGAAUAGAAAGUGAAGAGGGAAAGGUGUAGAACCGCGGUCAGUUUUCCCAGAGGAUCUUUCACGAUGAUAUAUUUGGUCAGCA